AUGGCGCCGACGGGGCCCAGAUCAUCGACAACACAACCGAGACCCAGCCCGCCGCCCCCCGCCGCCGACGAGCCCAUCCCGCCCCGCGGACCAAACCCGGGCAAUCUGAAUGUCUCGAACCAAUACACAUUCGAGCAGGACAUACGGCGGCUGCAGAAGGAGUACGGAUGUGACCCGGCCAGGGAAGACAGUUAUAGGAUACAAGGUGUUCAGCUGAUCGAGUCCGUCCGUCAGGCCUUGCGUUUGCCCGUCAAGACCUUUACUACCGCUUGCACUUACUACCACCUGUUCCGCCUCUGUCAUCGAGACGCCGAGUACAAUUAUCAGGAUGCCUCCCUAGCCUCGCUCUUCAUGGCCUGCAAGGUCGAAGACACCAUCAAGAAGUCCCGCGAGAUCCUGUGCGCCGCUUACAACAUUAAGAAUCCAACGCAACCGACCACACAGGAUGACAAGAUGUUUGAGAACCCCCACAAAAUCAUCAUCGGACUCGAGCGCCACAUUCUGGAGACAAUCGGUUUCGAUUUUCGAGUGCGAUACCCCCAGAAGGUCCUGGUCAAGAUGGUCCGCCAUACGUACGACGCAGAGGAGGGCCGCGAAAUCCUCGCCAUGGCUUACGACCUGUCCGUGGACAUGUACAAGACCUUUGCCCCGAUCAAAGCCUCCACAUUCACCAUGGUUCUGGCCUGCAUCGAAUUGACGGUGAUGCUGAAGGGGCUCGACGCGGUCGCGGUGCAGUCUCUGGACCUGAGAAGGUAUCACACCACCAGGGAAAGUAUCGUCGAGGUCAUGCUCGACCUACUGGAUAUGUAUACACAAUUCGCCAAGCACACCAAAGUCGGCAUGAGAUUCGAGCUGUCCAAAUUCAUCGACAUCAAGAUCAAGUUGAACCAGGAAGUAGAGAACAGCGAGAGCUCUGUUCGCCGGGCUGCCGUGUGGUGUCACAGGUGUGAGGACGACGAGAAGGUCAAGUAUCCCAUCACGCCUGGGUCCGCCACGUCACCCGCAACCACUGGAUCGUGGUCUGGAAACAAGCGAUCAAGGCCAGCCCAGGAGCCGCAAGCAAUGCGCUUCGUCUACGACGCGGAGGAGGCUCGAAAGGAGAGGGAGACCAAUGACGAACACCUCAAGGACGAAUACGAGGAAUACGAAAUCGAGGUGGAGGAGAAGAUUCCGGAGCCUGACCCUCGCAAUAACCAUGGGCGGGAUAGGGGCCGGCAUCAAGGGCACCGCAACAACCAUCAUGAUAAUUGGGGUCCUUACCCUCGCAAUCGCCAUGACCGGCAUAAAGGUGGUCGUAAGGGCGGCUACUACUGA